AUGGAGCCCCAAAAAUCGACUGAGGAGGGUGCGCGCUCCCGCCGCCCCUCACCUCACCCCGCCAUCGCCUGCGAAUCAGCUACCAGCCGCCCGGACUCGCCACACGAGGACUACAAAACACCGGAGGCUGAGACAUUAGAAGACCACGCCGUCGCCUUUUGGGCGGCGAGUAAAAUGGGACAAAGGAGGCGCCCUCAAGAUGACGAGCUGUCGCCUAAGGCAGGUGUGGAGCGAGAUUAUAUCACGCUCCACAGCAUAAUACAAUGCGGCCUCCUUAGCGCGGCGGCUCAGAGUUGGAUGGCGCUAUACUUCAGAUUACGAGACGCCGAACAAUCGGGAAACCACCCCGACGUCGAGGAUAUCGGGAUACUGAAGCAAGCCUGCGCGGGACGGGUGUCGGUGGGACUAGCCAUGCCCCCCACACCCGCCCCCCUCCCCUCUCUUCGAGCACCGCGUCAGCGACGGCGCGAGGAAGGGCCGGAAUGCGAGACGCCUACACCUAAGCGUCCCAGGAAGAGGUCGCAUUCGUGGACCCCAAGCCCCCCGCACCCCUCGCACCCCUCGCACCCCUCGGACAAGACAACCGAAGAGCGGCGGGCUCCGGCACUCGUGCCGUCGAGCCCCCCACCGCGCCCCCGCGGAGCGCCCCCGCGUUCGUCUGCGGGCGACACCACUCCGCCUGUCGCCCCCCCCCGCUCGGGUAUCCCGUUACCCCAGCGGAGCCGUGACCCGCGUCUGAGGGCGAACCGCUCCCCCGCCCCCGCGCCGUCGCUGGCAGCUCCCGCGUGCGCUCCGCCGCGACUGGCUGCCUCCGCGUCGCCCGCCGCGCCGCCGACCGCGCCGCUCAACGCGCCGCUCACCGCGCCGCCGGCCGCACCGCUCAACGCGCCGCUCGCCGCGCCGCUCACCGCCCCGCCGGCCGGUCCGCGCGCCGCGCCGCCGACUGCGCCGCCCACCGUGCCGCUCGCCGCGCCGCCCACCGCCCCGCCGGCCGGUCCGCGCACCGCGCCACCGACUGCGCCGCUCACCGCAUCGCUUGCCGCGCCGCUCAACGCGCCGCUCACCGCGCCGCUUAACGCGCCGCUCACCGCGCCGCCGGCCGCUACUCGCGCCGCACCGCCGUCCGCCGCGCGCGCCGCGCCGCCGACCGCACCGCUCACCGCGCCGCCGGCCGCCCUGCGCGCCGCGCCGCCUGCGGCUCCCUCCGCGUGGGGACAGCCGCGGCUGGUCGCCUCCACACCGGCAACCGCGCCGCCUGCGGCUGCACCCUCUGUCUGGGGCCGCUCCUACGCGGCUGCCGGUUUAAGCGCGCCCAGCACCGCCGCCACCACAGUAGCACCCAGCACCACCGCUCCAGCACCCGCUGCCGCCUCUUCGAGGAACAAUGGCGCUAGCAUAACAGCGCCCUCCUCCCAGGCCUCCAGGACGAAGUAUCCGCCCAUCGUAGUGGAGAGGCUCCCUGAUUGGAUGGUGCACUUUAGGGAGCUCACCACUAAGCUGGGACACCCGCCGUCAGCCCGCCCCUUCGGUGCAGGAGUGAGAUUUUCGCCGAGGGACGACACCGAAUACCGCGUUAUACAGCGCUACCUCGACGCCAUCGCGAGCCAGGACCAGAGAAUCUCCUGGUUCUCCUACUCACUUCCAGCAGAGAGGAGCUUAAAGGUCGCCAUCAGAGGCCUCCCUCUGGAAACCCCCGAAGAGGCUGUGAAGGAGGCCCUAAAUGAAAAGGGCUAUGAGGUCGAAUUCGUUAAGAACAUCCGGGCCCGGGGUGGACGUCCCGGAUGCAUCUUCUACGGCCUCAUAAAGAAGACUACAGGUUACCAAGAAAUCUACCAGAGUGAUGAGCUUCUCCUGAUGCCAGGCGUCAGGAUCGAGGCGUGGAGAGGAAAAAAGGGCCCGGCUCAAUGCCAUCGCUGCCAGCAGUUCCGGCACAGCAGUCACAACUGUCAUCGCCCUCAAGCAUGCGUGCGCUGUGGGGAACCGCACGCCGCAAAUGACUGCCCGCGCCCCCUCGAAGUACCGGCCACCUGCGCCAAUUGCGGAGGCCCGCACCCCGCCAACAACGCGGCGUGCCCGGUCUUCAAGCGGGAAGCGCGGCACAAGCGCGCCGGAACUGUGGCCCGCACGACGCCGGCCCUGGAGCCUACACCGACGGUCGAGGAAGCGGCGCCCGCUACACUCAUGGCGCCAGCAAAUCCGCCCGCCGAGAGAGGUGCUGCCCUCCCAAACAGGAGGAAGAAAAAGAGGAGCGCCAAGAAGAAGCAGGCCACCCCCGACACAGUAAAAUCGGGACAAGCACCAACCUCUUCACCGCCCAACACCGACGCAAGACAAGUGCAGCCCUCACCUGCACCAGCGCAGCCCGGGCAGGGCGCCACGGACACCACCACCAUGCUGCUCCUCCUGGGCCAACAAAUGCAGCAAAUGGCGGAGAUCCUCAGAGGGAUGCAAGCACGGCCUCAAAUUUAG